GCGCUCUUUUGGUUUGUUUCUUUCCGAUUCGAAAGAUCAGCUACAGUGUGCGGCUUUUUGAUCCGUUUAAGUUUCAUUCUGAAGAUCAUUCGCGCUCGCACUAGAACCACUUACAUCGGAGGCCCAUGACGAUCGAAACUUUGAAGCGUUAGGAAAAGGGGGCUUGUGUAGUUGCAGCUAGAAUAGGAAGGAGAUCAUGCGUGUCUUUUUACUGACCGCCCUGGCGGCUGUGUCAGCCGAAGCGCGGUCCCUGCUCAGCCGAAGCAACACACAUCACAUGGAUCUUGUGCAGAAAGCGACGAAUGCCACGGUGACCGGCGAGGUUUACUUUAGCGAUAACAAGAUUUUCGGUGCAGGUGUUGGUGGGUCGCAAUCGUCGAUGGAUUGCCAGAAAGUCUCUGCCAACUACAGGGAAAGCUCGACGGAACCGCGCAUCAAGGUACGGAAUUUGUGAUAGUCUACGUAUUUUGAAAGCACGAUCUUAAAUGUUCGUGCGAACUAAAAGAUAACAGACAUGCUGAAGCUAUAUAGUGAAGGACUGUAGGUCUACCGUGUUUCUUUUGUCUCAAUCUAAAUCAAGAUCAACUUUACAAAAUUUAAAUCUGAAUAGGUGUGCGGCGUGAACCUGAAAGUCACCUUGUUCCUGUGGAACGACUGCCAAGCUGGUUCCGUCAGCCCGCUGGAGAUCGGUGCCUGCGACUCGUCCAAGCCCGCCUCGACGUGUGAGGAGUUCUCGCCCGGGAGCGAGGGAGCCCCAGCAGGCAUGCAGCACUUCCUCAGUUACCAGAUCGGCAACUGCGAAGCAUAAAAACUUUAGCAAUUUGUUUCGCAAUUCUGACACAUUUGCGUUCUCUCGUUCCGCCGUGCUACACGGAACUAGUUUAUCUUUAUGUUUUUGAUGCCUAGUGCGCGAGCGUAAGAAUCUUUUAAGCUGAUAGAAGCUUUCUUGGGAGAGCACGCAUGCUUCUGUAUCGUAUCAUUGUAACACUGAAAUUGAAUCUUUAUCGUAUCAAAUUGGUAGCGUGUUGUUUUUUGUAUCGUAUCAUUGUAUCAUUUCACCUAAAAAAAACCUCAAAUCGUAUCAUUGUAGCAUCGUAUCGUAUCAUUUUUGUUCACUGGUGUGGGUUUUACCAAGACGUGCUUCGCAUUCAGCAAAGGAGGUGCUUGUUUCGCGUUUGGUGCUCAGUAACCGAAGAGUCACAUGUACAAAGUAUGAUUGUGUCAUCAAGCAAGGGGUAAACGAAAAGAUCGGACUGCCCUUCUUUAUACUGUAAGAUGAAGGUGAAGCUACUUCCGUGGCGUGUUACUUAGCUGUUGCACAUUCUCAACAAGGUGCUUAGAAGUCUUUGUAUGAUACCAUAGGCCUUCCACAAUGGUUUUGUACAUCACUUACUUGCAAAUGGGGUGGUGUGGUUCCACUGCGCACUUUCAGCGUAGGCGUGAUUGCAAUCAAGAGAUUGAUCAUGGCGGUCCGAGGGCAUGUGAGGCCGAAAAAUUCAUGGUGCGAGACCCAGGACACUCACAGUGAGGAUUUAAAUUGCCCGAACAGGAGUGCGAGAGACAGGAAUAGAG